GCUGGAGACCGACUCUCAUUGGUUAGGGUGCUUGGAAAAAAGAGACGCGGUGCAGCCCUUGCUGUGGGGCUGCUGCUGCCUCUGCCGCCGCCGCUGCUGGAGUUGACUCUUCUGGUCUCACUGCUGCUGCAGCAUAAACGUGACUUCCAACAUUUUUAUUUAUCUUUCCCUUUCCUUUUCCAAGAUGUAACUACAGAUCAGACACUAAGGACCUUCACGUUUUGCUGAUGUAGUUUUUGGAGGAAAAAAGGGGGAGUGAAGGGCGUCGGUUUUUUUUUUUGUGUAUGUGUUUCGGGGGAAAUUUUCCAUUAUGAGUGUUUUACUAAAGUGAAUUUUUUUUUGUCUGCUUCGUCUUUGGCUUUUUUUUUUUCCUUCCCAAUUUCGGAUUUAUUUAGAGGCGAAUCUGGCUUUGGGGGAAGAGGAAGAAAAGUCGGAUUACAACCAUCACCAACAACAAUAAAAACCACCAGGAUAUUUUUUGCAAAUUUCUGACGGCUUAAAUUCAUGAAGCAAUUGUCCCCUUUUGCAAUCAGCAUUUGGAUCUCAGAAUGAGCAAGGAAAGACCCAAGAGGAAUAUCAUUCAGAAGAAAUACGAUGACAGUGAUGGGAUUCCGUGGUCAGAAGAAAGGGUGGUCCGCAAAGUCCUUUAUUUGUCUCUGAAGGAGUUCAAAAAUGCACAGAAGAGACAGCAUGGUGAUGGCGUUAAUGGGAGCCUGAAAACGGUGAAUGGGCUCCUCGCUAAUGGCCAAUCUAAGGGAUUAGGACCAGCAUCAGAACAGUCAGAGAAUGAGAAGGACGACGCCUCACAAGUGUCCUCAACUAGCAACGAUGUUAGUUCUUCAGAUUUUGAAGAAGGGCCAUCAAGGAAAAGGCCCAGGCUUCAAGCACAAAGGAAGUUUGCUCAGUCCCAGCCCAACAGCCCCAGCACAACGCCCGUCAAGAUAGUGGAGCCGUUACUGCCCCCUCCAGCUACUCAGAUUUCUGACCUCUCUAAAAGGAAGCCUAAGACGGAGGAUUUCCUCACAUUUCUCUGCCUUCGAGGUUCCCCAGCGCUGCCCAACAACAUGGUGUAUUUUGGAAGCUCUCAGGAUGAGGAGGAUGUAGAAGAAGAUGAUGAAGAGACAGAAGAUAUCAAAGCAGCCACAAACAAUGCUUCAUCUUCAUGCCAGUCAACCCCCAGGAAAGGAAAAACACACAAACAUGUUCACAAUGGACAUGUUUUCAAUGGGUCCAGCAAAUCCUCAAAGGAGAAGGAACCUGCUCCGAAACACAGAAGCAAAGAGGCCACACCAGGGAAGGAGAAGAACAGCGAUCCCAGGGCCGAGAGCCGGAGGGAACAGGCUGCUGCUACCCAUCCCCCGGCCACAAACACAGGCUCCUCAGCUAAAGGGCUUGCUGCUAACAACCACCACCACACUCUCCAUAGAUCGGCUCAGGACUUAAGGAAACAGGUUUCUAAGGUCAAUGGAAUCACUCGAAUGUCCUCUCUGGGUGCGAGUGCAGCCAGUGCCAAAAAGAUGCGAGAAGUGAGACCUUCACCGUCCAAAACUGUGAAGUACACUGCAACGGUGACAAAGGGGACUGUCACAUACACCAAAGCCAAGAGAGAACUGGUCAAAGAAACCAAACUCAAUCACCACAAGCCCAGUUCGGCCGUCAACCACACAAUCUCAGGGAAAAUUGAAAGUAGCAAUGCAAAAACCCGCAAACAGGUGCUAUCCCUCGGAGGGGCGUCUCGGGCCGCGGCCCCCGGCGUCAAGGUCAAUGGCAAGUUGAACCCAAAGUCAUGCACUAAUAAGGAGGUGGGCAGGCAGCUGCGGGAGGGGCUGCGCACCUCCAAGAGGCGGCUGGAAGAGGCUGCUCCGGCGGAGAAGGCGCAGCCUCCCCCCAAGAAGAUGAAAGGCCCGGCUGAGGCCCCCAGCAAGAAGGCGACGGGGGCGGCUGCGGCCGCCGAGAAGAAGCCUCUGCUGAACGGACACGUCCGGAAGGAAGUGCCCGAGAAGAGUCUGGAGAGGAGCCGGCCCAAGAGGGCCGCGGCGGCGGCGGCAGCGGCGGCGGCGGCCGGGGCUGGGAGGAGCCCGCCCGGGAAACAAGCACACGGCAGAGCGGAGGCCGCCGCCGCCGCCUCCUCGGCUUCGGCCGGGGAAAAUCGUUCUACCUCGCACACGGAGUCCUUGCACAAGCCCCCAGACUCCGCGGGAAAGCACGAGCGCGGCGGCGGCAGCGGCGGGGGCAAGCCGGGAUGGGCCGGCACCCACGAGAUCCCCACGCUGCGGCCCUCCGCCAAGGAGUUUCACGACCCACUCAUCUACAUCGAGUCGGUCCGAGCUCAGGUAGAGAAGUACGGCAUGUGCAGGGUGAUCCCGCCCCCGGACUGGAGGCCUGAGUGCAAGCUCAACGACGAGAUGCGCUUCGUGACCCAGAUCCAGCACAUCCACAAGCUGGGCCGCCGCUGGGGCCCCAACGUGCAGCGGCUGGCCUGCAUCAAGAAGCACCUCAAAUCUCAGGGCAUAACCAUGGACGAGCUCCCGCUCAUAGGAGGCUGUGAGCUGGACCUGGCCUGCUUUUUUCGGCUGAUUAAUGAGAUGGGUGGCAUGCAGCAAGUGACUGACCUCAAAAAAUGGAACAAACUCGCAGACAUGCUGCGCAUCCCCAAGACUGCCCAGGACCGGCUGGCAAAGUUGCAGGAAGCCUACUGCCAGUACUUGCUGUCGUAUGACUCCCUCUCCCCCGAGGAGCACCGGAAGCUGGAGAAGGAGGUUCUGCUGGAGAAAGAGAUCUUAGAGAAGCGGAAAGGCCCCCUGGAGGGCCACUCUGAGAAUGCCUAUCACAAAUUCCACUCCUUGCCCCGAUUUGAGCCCAAAAACGGCCUCAUCCACGGCGUGGUCCACAAGAACGGCUUCCGGAGCAAGCUGAAGGAGGUGGGCCAUGUCCAGCUCAAAACAGGGAGGCGGCGACUCUUUGCUCAGGAAAAGGAGGUUGUCAAAGAGAAGGAGGAGGAGGAGAAAGGGGUCCUCAAUGACUUCCACAAGUGUAUAUAUAAGGGAAGGUCUGUUUCUUUAACAACCUUUUAUCGAACGGCAAGGAACAUCAUGAACAUGUGUUUUGGUAAAGAACCCGCCGCAGCUGAAAUAGAGCAAGAGUACUGGAAGCUAGUGGAACAGAAAGAGUGCCACGUAGCGGUGCAUUGUGGCAAAGUGGACACCAACACGCACGGAAGUGGGUUCCCAGUGGGCAAGUCAGAACCCUUUUCAAGGCAUGGGUGGAAUCUUACAGUCCUUCCUAAUAAUACAGGAUCCAUCCUGCGUCACCUUGGUGCUGUUCCUGGAGUGACAAUUCCCUGGCUAAAUAUUGGCAUGGUCUUUUCUACCUCAUGCUGGUCUCGAGACCAAAAUCACCUUCCAUACAUUGACUACUUACACACUGGUGCUGAUUGUAUUUGGUAUUGCAUUCCUGCUGAGGAAGAGAACAAACUCGAAGACGUGGUACAUACCCUGUUGCAAGCCAAUGGCACGCCGGGGCUGGAAAUGCUUGAAAGUAACGUAAUGAUCUCCCCAGAGGUGCUGUGCAAAGAGGGGAUCAAGGUGCACCGUACUGUACAGCAAAGCGGCCAGUUUGUCGUCUGUUUUCCGGGCUCCUUUGUGUCCAAAGUGUGCUGUGGCUACAGUGUUUCUGAAACUGUGCACUUUGCUACCACCCAGUGGACAAGUAUGGGUUUUGAAACAGCCAAGGAAAUGAAGCGGCGCCACAUAGCCAAGCCAUUCUCAAUGGAGAAGUUACUCUACCAGAUUGCAACAGCAGAAGCAAAAAAGGAAAAUGGUCCCACCCUCAGUACCAUCUCUGCCCUUCUGGAUGAGCUCAGGGAUACAGAGCUAAGGCAGCGAAGGCAACUUUUUGAAGCUGGCCUCCAUUCGUCCGCGCGCUAUGGCAGCCAUGACAGCAACAGCUCGGUGACGGAUGGGAAGAAAAAGCCUCGAAAGUGGCUGCAGUUAGAGACGUCAGAGAGGCGGUGUCAGAUCUGUCAACACCUGUGCUACCUUUCCAUGGUUGUACAAGAAAAUGAAAAUGUCGUCUUCUGCCUGGAGUGUGCACUGCGCCACGUGGAGAAGCAGAAAUCCUGUCGGGGACUGAAAUUGAUGUACCGCUAUGAUGAGGAACAAAUUAUCAGUCUGGUCAAUCAGAUUUGUGGGAAAGUAUCUGGGAAAAAUGGCAGCAUUGAGAACUGUAUCAGCAAGCCUACACCAAAAAGAGGACCCCGCAAGAGAGCAACAGUUGACGUGCCAUCAUCUAGGCUUUCAUCCUCCAGUUCAUCCAAAAGUGCUUCAAGUUCAUCAUGAAGAUGCCAACACUCAUUGUCGAUUUAUAUAUAUUUUUUUGUAAUUAUUAUAUCCUAGUUUGGAGUACUUGCUGUAGAAUACAAGCUGUCUUUGCACUAGCUCUAAAGAAGAUUUUCUUCUGGUUUUAGAGAACUAAUUUUGUUUUAGCAUUAAAUUGUUGAAAUUUUUUUUGUACUUAGGAUAGUUAGAUACUGCAGUUGGAUUUUUGAAAACUGCUGUAUAUUCACUGUUUUAAAACCCUUAAGGGGCUGAGCUAUUAAUUUGUAUCACCCCUUUGGCUAAGCAAAAGCCUUUUUUUGUUUGUUUGUUUUUGUUGUUGGAUUGGUUUGUUUUUUGGGUUUUUUUGGUGUUGUGUUGUUUUGUUUUGUUUUUUUGGGCGGGGAUUUUGUUUGUUUUUAUUUUUUUCGUAAUUGUGGGGGGAAAAGACUUUUAACCCAUUUUUAAUAGGUUGAAGUUUGACGUAUUUUAUAAUUUGUUCUCCAGUCAUGUGAGCAGAUUUUCUAGAGAGAAAGGGGAUAAGGAGACAAAAAAAAAAACUUGAAAGAAGAAAUUGCUUUACUUUGGCUGUCUUUUCUUCUGUCAUGUGCAAGAUGAGUUUUGUCAUUUUUUUUUUUAAUUGGAAGAUUCCCAUUCUUUUUCUUUGGGAGGUUAUGGCAGCUGAAGGUGGACUUUAUUUCCUAACCAUAGGCAAAAUGAUGAGAUUUGGAGUGACGAGGUUCUUUUACCAGCACAUCACUAUGCAUCUGUUUAAGGGGGAAAAAAAAGAGGGAGAGAGAGAGAGAGAGAGAAAAGAAAGACUGCCUACCUUGGAGGGGUCAUGUGAGGGAAAACUGUGCCUGAUUUCAUUAGGAAAUCCAUUCUGUUAUUUUUUUGGUGCUGUUGGCUACUUUAUCAAAAAAACAAAAAUACAAAAAAAAAAAAAAACCCUUCAAUAGCAUCCUUACAAAAAAAAAAAAAAGGAAAAAAAAUUAUUGAAGCCCUAAGUGCUUCUUUGUCAUAGACGUGCAAUCUUUCUGACAUUCCAUUUUCAUCCCACGGCUGUUGUUGUUUCACAUCUUUACACAAGUCAGCAUUAAUCCUUUCUUUUCAGAAUCUGUUUCAUUUCUGUGAUCACAUUUAGAGCCACUAGGAGGUCUGCAUAGUUGUUUUUGAAUGUGAAAAUGCAUCUGCGCUCAUCUGGUCUAUUUUUUUUUCCUAUAUGUUGUAACAAAACUGAACAAAACACACACACAUACACACACACAAACACACACACACAAGAAAUCCCAUCCCUUUUUGUACAUAUGCCUGUAAAUUGUUUUAAAUACUUGAGCCUUUUUUCUUGGUGGGGAGGGUGGGAAGGGCGGCAAAGGGACAAGAUGAAGAAAAGCCUUACGUUUCCGUUUCUUCAUCGGUUGGAUUGGACUGGAUGCUUACAGGGUUUUUCUUGUAACAUUUAUAUAAGUGCUGCUUACGUCACUGAACAACAACGAAAAAUCAUAAUGGAGUAGCUGUCGCCCUCUUCUGGUUGUGUGUACAGUCUGUGUGGAAUAAAGAAGGGAAACUUUUCACAAGCUGUCCUCUGUUUCAUAAUUGAGUUCACCAAGACCGUAGCUACCCACCUCACGCUGAGCUUGCCAGUGGGGGACUUGUCAGGGAAGUCCUAGAAUACAAUUUGUUGGUUGUUGUUGCAGAAGACUGAACUGUUUUUGGAAUAUUGAACAAUAACAUAAACAAGUCGAGUGUUUUCCAAUGUGGUUGUCUGGUUUUUAUGGCCUUGCUGUGUACUUUUCCCCUCUUUUUGACAGUAAACUUCUGACUAUGGCUUACAGUUGGACAUUUAAUUUAUUAGCGCUGCUCUGCUCUCUUUCCUUGGAAGGAAAGACUUCAUUGUUGUUUAUUGCCAGUUUUUUUUUUUUUUGUUUACUUUUCAGGUUUGUACUACAAGGUUUAAUAAUAAAAACAGUUUUUUGGACAUUUGUUUGUCUUGUGGAAGAUGAGUGAGUGGAACGACCCCUUUCUUGCCUGACAGAAGGGUGCUGUCUCAUGCCUGGCAUUCUUCCCUCCUGGUGACCCAUGGUAGAAAAUGAGAAAUUGGAGAGAAGGGAGCAGCCCUGUCUUUAUUCUCUGGCCCCUAGUU